UAUGUCGUUUUGAACCAAACGACAGUUGCGUCAGAACUACGCUGAAGAAUAUCAUCACCAUCAAAGUGUUUCGUUGGAAGGGGAAUUUGGCAGAUCAUUGGAAGAAAAUGGCGGGUGGUGGAAAGGUUUCGUUCAAAGUCACACUCACCUCCGAUCCAAAAUUACCCUUCAAAGUGUUUAGCGUUCCAGAGGCUGCGCCUUUUACUGCCGUUCUCAAAUUCGCCGCCGAAGAAUUCAAAGUCCCGCCCCAGACCAGCGCUAUCAUCACCAAUGAUGGUGUUGGCAUAAAUCCCCAGCAGAGCGCAGGCAAUGUCUUCCUUAAACAUGGUUCAGAAUUGCGCCUGAUUCCGCGUGAUAGGGUUGGUGCCUUUUAGAUGUUACAGAUGUCUGACUGGAGUUGGCGCCUUUUAGAUGUUACAGAUGUCUGACUGGAUAUUGACCCUUCUCGCUAGAUACAUGAACUGUAGCUUCAUAUGUAGUAAUCAAUAAAUACCAUUGUUACUGAUUUCAUAUAUUGAUAUUGAGAUCAAAGGUGUCUUCAAGCGAUAAAGUUUUUUUCUUUUUUCAAUAAUGAUAUAAAUGUUUUGGGAAAAAUUAUGUGAA